GUUGUUAAGUGCCCUGGCUCAAGGGUUUUCAUUAGCAGGAGCCCAGUGUCUCACUUUCGUACAGCCUGGAGCCAGAAUCUGUUUGCCAUUUCUGUCGUCCUGUAAAUUCUCGCUUCUCUAAUCAGAAAUUACUGGAGAAGGGACCAGAGAGCAAUGUCUCCCUUUGAAGGAAUCAGAGAUUUUCUCAAUGACCUCUUCAACCGUCAGUUGCUCAUCUUGAAGUGCAUCUACAUCCUCUUAUUGGCAGCUUUUAUGAUUUUAUGGCCACACUUCACCAUUCAUCAAAAAGCACUUGGACUGACAGAAUACCAGACAGGUAUCACUAUGCAAGUUACAUCUGUUCUCUACAUAUGUCAGCCUUUCUUCACUGGUGUUGCUGGGGAUAAAAUUGGAAACUACAGGAUCCUCAUGGCCAUUAUCUCCAUGAUAACGGGAGUCAUUGCCCUGCUUUUUCCAUGGAUUCCAUCGGCAGUAGUUCAAAUAGUUCCUUCUAACAUCAGUGAUGUAGCAUUAGGAAAUCUUUCCUCUGAAACCAGCAGCAUUCCAUCUCCAAACAGAAUGAUGGGAGAAGUUGAUGCCAGUCAUCAGCAGCUAACCUUCUGGAUAUACAUUACCGUCCGAAGUGUCUAUGGAGCAUGCAACGGAGCCACACUUAUUUUCUUUGAUGCAGCCGUCAUGGCCAAUGUGCAGAAGUCAAGCAUCAGCUAUGGUUAUCAAAGAGCGUGGGGGACUGUAGGUGCCAUCAUCAGCUCAUACCUCAGUGGUGUCAUCGUAGAAAAGACUGGUGGUUUCAAUGAAAUUUUCUAUGCGUCAGCUGGCCUGCAGAUGGUUGCAGGAAUCUUAAUGCUGGGCAUCAGGAUUGACUACAAGGUACCUGCUACUUCGCUGACCAAAGACCUUUUGUUGCAUUGUUUCAAAGCAGAGGUCCUGCUUUUCUUUGGAGCUGUUACAGCAGCAGGUAUGUACGUUGGUUACAUCGAGACUUUCAUGUACCGGUACCUGUCUGAUUUAGGGGCCACGCCUGUUCUCAUUGGCCUCACAGUGACUAUAGGGGCUCCCUUCGAAUUUAUUUUGACCAUCGUCACUUCCUUCUUUCUCAAGUUGGUUGGACAUCCGCAACUUAUUGUGAUUGGCAUGCUGUCAUUUGUAAUACGAUUCCUGGGACUUAGUUUUCUCCAAGACCCAUGGUGGGUUCUACCGCUCCAGAUCCUCGAAUCUGUAGUAAAUGGCCUCCUCUUCACUGUAGCCAUCAUGUACUGCACUGUACUCUUCCCUACAGAGACCAUCACUUCAGCCAGGGGAGUGAUAGGAAUACUAUACUCAGGCAUAGGACGUCUGUUGGGCAUUACUGUAGGAAGUGAGAUACUGGAACGGCUUGGGCACAUAAUUACAUUCCGGAUAUGGGCAUGUAUAGCUUUUGCAAGUACUGCUGCUUACUUCCUGGCCUUCAUUGCAAUAAAGAAUUGCAGGUCGAGACAAUUCUCUUUAAAAGAUAUACAAGGACACGAGCAAACUAAAAAUAGUAAAGAACAAUCAGGAAUUUAUAAUGAAGCAUGGGAUGGAUGUAUAUAGCUAAGGACAUUUUUAAGGAAGUGGCCAUCAAGUGUCAGCCUGCCAGAGAUGAGCCGACAGAACUCCGGAGGUCACCAUCACACCUUGCUUUGUUGCUUCAGCUUCUGAACAACCUCAGUCGUCAACACUGUCAUGACCCCGACCCCGACCCUGACGUCCACAUUGGAACCGAACAUUGAUAAUAAAGACCCAUGAGCAACACAAACACAGGAUGUUGACAGCCUUAUGGCCACCCAAUUAACAAUAUAUUUGCAUCCUGCUGUAUUUCCUUUAACUAAACUACUAAUCUUUAAGGGAACCCAAAAUAUUUUCUUGAUUGUGAGUCUCUACAGGCAUUUGUAACUGCACCCCACAUAAAAACUAUUAUACAUGUAGUCUCCAGCACCUUCAGCAAACAGGCUCCCUCCUAGACAUAUAGUGUUUGUCUAUACAUUCAGGCCAGUCCCAGGGCCUAUACAAUUCACAUAGUUGCUUCUUCUCAUACUAAGAAAGCAAUUUACACCCCUGGUCUUUUAUCAUCACAUUUUCAUCAAGGGCCUAACAUAAUGGUCCAUUGGUAUAGUAUUUAGUGUUCACAUGCCACUUUGAUAUUCUCAGUUUUGCCCUCCCUCAGGGCGAUGAAAAAUCACUGGCUCUGUAUCGUGAUCAGUUACUGCUGCAGUGGGAGGUUGAAACCAACAUUCUUUGGAAGCUUGAAUUUCAAGUCAAAGACCCCUGUGUACUUGCUCUAUGUGAAUUGGUUUCAUUUACUGAAAUAAUAAUGAUACGCAGACACACACAUCAUUUCAAAUACUAUCUGGCUGAACGGGUCUUUCCUGAGAAAUGGAAACAUGCCAUAAUAAUUCCAAUAAAUAAACCAGGAAAAGAUUCAGGUAGUCCAUCCGAUUAUAGACCGAUAUCCCUAACAAGCUGUCUAUGCACAAGUAACAUAUGUAAUAACCAAAGAAUCCAUUUUAACACCAAAACAAUCAGGUAAAAUAGCUGGCAGAUCAACCCUAGACCCCUUAACAAAUUUAGAGGAUCAUAUCAAAAAGGCUUUGAACAAAAAAGAUUAAUA